GCAGGAAAUAAGAAAUUUUUUUCAGAUGGGUGCUAAUCAGUCUGCUGUGUAUGCUUCAAAUGAAGCCAAUGAGUCAUUCAUGAUGAAGAAGUCUGCUUCUAAUGGAGCCAAUGAAUUGUCCGUGCCUAACAAGACUGGCCAGGUCUUGAUAUUCCGUUCCUCGUCUAAAUGGAAAAGCCAUUUUCAGUCCUCCAAAGAAACAAAUAAGCUGAUGGUUGUUCAUUUCACAGCUGCAUGGUGUGGACCUUGUCGCGCCAUGGAACCUAUAAUCCGCGACUUUGCUGCUAAGUACGUGGCUGUGGAGUUCAUCCAGAUUGAUGUAGACGAGUUAGAAGGUGUGGCUCGGGAGUACGCGGUGCAGGCAUUGCCAGCAUUCGUAAUGAUAAAGAAGGGAAAAGCAAUUGACAAGGUUGUCGGAGCAGAUAAGGCAGCACUCCAGAAGAAAAUUGAGACACACAUGGUCUAAUAUAUAAACGUUAGACCCGAUAUCAUUUUAUAAGAAAGCACAAUAAGCAAGCAGUUCAAUCUGUGUUAGCCUGAAAUAAUGACCUCUGCAGACCAGGCUAGUAUUUUAUGAUUCAUAAAAAUAUUCGUAUGUACCAACAGCAACAUUUCAGAACCUGUUGUAAAUUAUUGCACUUCUUAACGGUGCUUGAAAAAGUUGUCGGCUUUUAAUAAGGAUCACAGCAGGUUACGGUCACUUCUUAAGCCUAUACGAUGAUUGAGUGCUUCUAACUUUUAAUCUGUACAACAGCAUCUUACUGUAUUUUUUCUGAGAAACAAAAAUGGCAGCCUGCAA